AUGUCCCAUCUGUCAGAUACUCUCAGGGUAUGUGCUCUAUUUUACAAUCCACUAAUGAAGCACCUUUUGCAAUUACAGGUCACAGAUCUAUCUGACAAGAUGGUGAAGAUCUGCUGCAUCGGUGCUGGCUAUGUCGGUGGCCCGACCAUGGCCGUCAUUGCCCUCAAGUGCCCAGACAUUGAGGUGGUGGUUGUUGACAUCUCCAAGCCCCGCAUUGAGGCCUGGAACAGCGACACCCUCCCGAUCUACGAGCCUGGUCUCGAUGAUGUUGUGAAGCAGUGCAGGGGCAAGAACCUCUUCUUCAGCACUGAUGUUGAGAAGCACGUCGCUGAGGCUGACAUUAUCUUCGUCUCGGUGAACACCCCCACCAAGACCCGUGGGCUUGGAGCUGGCAAGGCUGCUGACCUCACCUACUGGGAGAGUGCUGCUCGUAUGAUCGCUGAUGUCUCCAAGUCUGACAAGAUUGUUGUUGAGAAGUCCACUGUCCCUGUUAAGACCGCUGAGGCUAUUGAGAAGAUCUUGACCCACAACAGCAAGGGCAUCAACUACCAGAUCCUUUCAAACCCAGAGUUCCUUGCGGAGGGCACUGCUAUUGAGGACCUGUUCAAGCCUGACAGAGUGCUCAUCGGUGGCCGGGAGACCCCUGGGGGCAGGAAGGCCGUCCAGGCUCUCAAGGAUGUGUAUGCUCACUGGGUUCCCGAGGACAGGAUCCUCACCACCAACCUGUGGUCUGCUGAGCUCUCCAAGCUCGCUGCCAACGCGUUCUUGGCACAGAGGAUCUCCUCUGUGAACGCCAUCUCUGCCCUCUGCGAAGCCACAGGUGCCAAUGUGUCUGAGGUGGCUUACGCUGUGGGCAAGGACACCAGGAUUGGCCCCAAGUUCCUGAACGCCAGUGUUGGGUUCGGUGGCUCUUGCUUCCAGAAGGACAUCCUGAACUUGGUGUACAUCUGCGAGUGCAAUGGCCUGCCCGAGGUGGCCAACUACUGGAAGCAGGUGAUCAAGAUCAACGACUACCAGAAGAGCCGGUUCGUCAACCGCGUCGUGUCCUCCAUGUUCAACACCGUCUCCGGCAAGAAGAUCGCCGUUCUCGGCUUCGCCUUCAAGAAGGACACCGGUGACACCAGGGAGACCCCGGCCAUUGACGUCUGCAAGGGCCUGUUGGGUGACAAGGCUCAGAUCAGCAUCUACGACCCCCAGGUGACGGAGGACCAGAUCCAGCGGGACCUGGCCAUGAACAAGUUCGACUGGGACCACCCGAUGCACCUGCAGCCAACGAGCCCCACGGCCGUGAAGCAGGUGAGCUGCGUGUGGGACGCGUACGAGGCCACCAAGGGUGCCCACGGGCUGUGCAUCCUGACCGAGUGGGACGAGUUCAAGACCCUGGACUACCAGAAGAUCUUCGACAACAUGCAGAAGCCUGCCUUCGUCUUCGACGGCCGCAACAUCGUCGACCCCGAGAAGCUGAGGGAGAUCGGCUUCAUCGUCUACUCCAUCGGCAAGCCGCUCGACGCCUGGCUUAAGGACAUGCCCGCGGUCGCUUAA